UCUUUCUCAUUUUUUAUACUAAAAAAUAUACAGAAUAUCCACACAAUGUUGAGUCUAGACAAAGGUGUCAUUAUGUUCUUAUAAUGUUGGUCUCAGGUUUUGUUUUUUAAAUGAAUUCACUCCAAACAUGGCGUCUUUACCUAAGAAGAAGAGAGAAGACAACCAGGCUGACAAAGAGCCACUGUGGGAAUCCUCUGCGUAUCUCUUCGACCCAGAAACAAUCUUUCUUCAGACUCAAGAACCUGAGAACACAGGAGUGCGUUUAGCAGAAGAUGGGCCCAGUAAAAGUGGCACAUCGACAACCAAAAAAGAAUCUCGUACCUCCCAGUACUGCAGCCGCAUCCUCUGUACAAAGUACCGACAGCUCAGUGAGCCGCGGUUUAAGCUAAUAUGUCAACAGUUGGAGCAGGAGAGCGAAGCUUUAGCAGAGGUAUCAUCCAUCCGUCCCUUUGCUUCAUCAUUGGUGGAACCAGGCCAGGAGGACAGUGACACAGACAUGAGGGAUAACUGCAACUUCUUUAUCCAAAACUGGAUACCUUUAGAACAUGUGGCUCCUUUUGAAAACUCCUGGCUUGACAGUAUUUUGGAAAUGGUUCCAAAGUACCUGAGGAGUGAGCCCGCGCCAGUGGAGCCGCUGGUCGAAGAGGUUCAGGAUGAGUACAAGCGCAGUGUUCAGAGAGCUACCUUGCAAUAUACUUACAGAAAUGCAGCUGAUGAAGACACAGACAAAGUAAAGGAGGUGCCACCUCACAGACAGGAUAUGGAGCUGGUGCCAAAACCGUGGCAUAGCUCCUUUGAGUAUGCACAGAGGAGAAUGAAAGAGGUUCUUCACGCUUUCAAUCCCACGAUGCUUCAGGUACAGCAGCUUUGGCACAACUGCUACAAGAGUCUUCGACUGAUCAUGGUGAACGAGUUCCAGGAGCGAGAGGAGUCCAUGGAGCUGUUGGAAUUCAAACAAAUAGUCACUUCACACGUCGACAACACCAGAAAAAUCCUUUUGAAUAAAUGGGUCCAUGAAGUGCAAAAUAUUUACAACAUUGGGAACAGGCGAAAGCUGGUGCCUCCCACAAGCAAUAUGAGCAAGCUGCAGUCGUUCUUCAAUUGUGCUGCGACACUGAUGACCUUGCAGCUUCAAGGUCUGGCACUUGAAUCGAUGAGGGACUACACAAAUCUCAUUUCUCAGGAUCCGAACUCUGUGCUGGCCUUUGAGCACCCAGGCUUCAUCAUUAAACUGGUACUGGUGGACAGUGAGAUCAAGUUUGAGCCUGACUUUAAAGUGUAUGAAGAGGCUCUCCUCAACAUCUUCGAGUUCAUGCUCCGUACAGUCAGCAUUGUCCCUCGCGUGGAGACAACGCUGUACUCCGAGUGGCCAGCCUCUCUGCCCAAAACCCUCAAACCCAAAAUCCUGCCAGAGAUCCUGAAAGCUCAGCAGGAGGAGGUCUCCAGGGUGAUAUUGGCAGAGAGUUUGAAGCCCAUUGAACAUCUUCGUGAGUAUGAUAAAUAUUCAUCACUGGUCACCAAAAAGGCUGACGAAGAUGUGGAGACUUUCCUCAGCGAGCAACGUUCUUUUAAAGAAAUUAUGGUGGAGGUCAAACACUAUCAGACGAUGCUCGACCAGAUCCAAUACACGUCCUGCAAGGUGAUUCGUAUGGGCAUGUUUGAAGUUCAGUCACAUUCUCUCAUUGAGACGCUGGUGAAGCGUGCACAGGAUCUGCAGCAGCAACUUGUUGCUAGGAUGUUAUUUGACCAUCAAACUGUGAACAAAAGAGUGUGUGGAGACUUUGAGAAGAUAACCGAAAAGGCCCUGAGCAUACCGUCAGGCACACAUAAACUCAUGGAGCUCAAGGCCUAUAUGAACAAAGUGAAGACCACAGAGAUUCCUCAGCUGAAGAACACAGUGGCUGAGACCAACUCUGCAUUGUGCUUCCUGGUAGACUUCGUCUCCCUGACGCCGAUACAGAUGAAGCUCAACAAGACUACAAUCCAAUGGCUCAGGCGACUGCCGGCCAUUUUUAAAGAUCACCGGCAUAUUGUUACAGAAAAGACAGAAGAAUACCAGAAUGCUCUAAAGCAAGCCCGUGAGCAGUUUGUGGAAGACUUGGAGAGCUACUCGAUACAAGUGGAGGAGUUCACUGACCUUGGCGAGUUGGCACUCAUCAAGAGUUACCUGGACAAAGCCCAGACACUCCACAGGAAACUUGAAGAGGCUUUUGAAAGGAUAAAUGAAUUCAAUCUUGAGGAGGAAGCUUAUGGAUGGCCUGUUUCCAAGUACCCAGAGCAUAAACAAAUCAAUGACAAGCUCAUGCCUUUCCUCCGCCUCUAUGAGACCUCCAAUGAUUUCUUACUGCAGCAUCACAAAUGGCUUCAUGGGCCACUCUCUGGUGUCAACCCAGACAAGGUUGACGGUGACGUGGGUAAUUUUUGGCGCACACUGUACAAACUGGAGAAAGGCUUUAGUGAAGUCCCUGCAGCGCUCAACAUCGCCACAUCUAUGAAGAACAAGGUGGAAGAAUUUAAAGACCACAUCCCCUUGGUGCAGGUAAUGUGCAACCCGGGCCUGUACGAUCGACACUGGGAGGCCAUGGAGAAAGUGGCAGGUUGCUCCCUAAGAACGACUGAGGCAGAUCCUUGUAUGGCUUAUUUCCUUUCGAUGAAGUUGGAAAAGCAUCAGGUAGCAUUUGAGGGCAUCAGUGAGGCGGCCAGCAAAGAGUACUCUCUGGAGAAGGCCAUGGAGAAGAUGGCCAGCGAAUGGGUGGACAUGAAGUUUGGCCUACAGCCCUACAGAGAGACAGGAACUUUCAUACUUUCUGCCGUAGAUGAAGUUCAAAUGUUGCUGGAUGACCACAUUGUCAAAACACAAACCAUGCGAGGGUCACCGUUCAUCAAGCCGUUUGAGGCUGAAAUACAUGAGUGGGAGGGCAAGUUACUGCUUCUUCAAGAGAUCCUGGAUGAAUGGUUAAAGGUCCAGUCCACGUGGCUUUAUCUGGAGCCCAUCUUCAGCUCCCCCGACAUCAUGGCCCAGAUGCCAGAGGAGGGACGUCGAUUCAAAGCUGUUGAUAAAACUUGGAGGGAGACGAUGAAAGAAGUCGUGGCGGACAAGCAUGUGUUGGCUGUUAUUCUAAUUGACAAAAUGCUGGAGAAGUUAAAGAAAUCCAACGAGCUUCUGGAAAUGAUCCUCAAAGGCCUUAACAUCUACCUGGAGAAGAAACGCCUUUACUUUCCUCGAUUCUUUUUCCUCUCUAAUGAGGAGCUGCUGGAAAUCCUGUCUGAAACCAAAGACCCUACCAGAGUGCAGCCUCAUUUGAAGAAGUGCUUUGAAGGCAUCGCUAAUGUGGUGUUCACUCGCGAACUGGACAUCACACACAUGAAGAGCAGUGAGGGUGAGGUGGUGGAGCUGCUGGAUAUCAUUUCCACUUCCGAAGCCAGAGGCCAAGUGGAGAAAUGGCUCCUGGAACUUGAGAAAGACAUGCUUGCCUCGCUGCAUAAGGUUAUUGGCCAUGCGAUUGAAGCAUAUCCCCUGGACUUACGGAUCAACUGGGUGAGGGCUUGGCCAGGCCAGACUGUGCUGUGUGUCUCACAGGUUUACUGGACUAAGGAUGUGCAUGAAGCCAUCAGUGCUGGCCAGAAGGCUCUGGAUGCUUACCUGGAGCAGAACAGCAGGCAGAUUGAUGACAUUGUUGCGCUUGUACGUGGGAAGUUGUCCAAACAGAACCGGGUGACCCUCGGAGCGCUUGUCGUGCUGGACGUACACGCCAGAGAUGUCCUCGCAAUCCUGGUGCAGAAGGGCAUCGACGAUGAGAAUGACUUCGAGUGGCUCAGCCAGCUGCGCUACUAUUGGAUCGAAGAUGAUCUCCAGACCAAGAUGAUCAAUGCAGGGUUGGCGUAUGGUUAUGAGUAUCUGGGUAAUUCCCCUCGUCUGGUCAUCACCCCGCUAACUGACCGCUGCUAUCGCACGCUGUUUGGAGCCCUGCAUCUCCAUCUAGGAGGCGCCCCUGAGGGUCCUGCUGGAACAGGCAAAACUGAGACCACUAAAGAUCUGGCAAAAGCUGUCGCCAAGCAAUGCGUCGUCUUCAAUUGCUCUGAUGGUCUGGACUACAUCGCUCUUGGGAAGUUCUUUAAAGGUCUUCUCUCUUGUGGGGCCUGGGCCUGCUUUGAUGAGUUUAACCGUAUUGACUUGGAGGUGCUGUCUGUGGUGGCUCAACAGAUCCUCACCAUACAGAGAGGAAUUGCUGCCCAUGCUACCUUGCUGAUGUUUGAAGGGACAGAGCUGACUCUAAAUCCAUCUUGUGCUGUAUUUAUUACCAUGAAUCCUGGAUAUGCUGGUCGUUCUGAGCUGCCAGACAAUCUUAAGGCUCUUUUCCGAACGGUGGCCAUGAUGGUGCCCGACUAUGCCAUGAUCGCUGAGAUCGUGCUCUACUCCUGCGGCUUUGUGACUGCCAGACCUCUCUCAGUGAAAAUCGUUGCUACCUAUCGUCUCUGUUCGGAGCAGCUUUCCUCACAGUCUCACUACGACUACGGAAUGAGAGCAGUUAAGUCUGUGCUGACGGCUGCUGGAAAUCUUAAGCUCGCCUUUCCAGACGAGAACGAAGACACCCUGUUGCUGAGAUCCAUUAUUGAUGUCAAUCUGCCAAAGUUCCUGGCCCAUGAUCUGAAGCUGUUCGAGGGCAUAACCUCUGACCUCUUUCCGGGAGCCUCUCUGCCAGACAGAGAUUACACCGUUCUGCUGGCAGCCAUUAGGGAGAACUGUGAUCGCAUGAACCUGCAGGUUACCGAGUUCUUUGUGGAGAAAAUCCUUCAGAUCUUUGAGAUGAUGAUCGUGAGACAUGGUUUCAUGAUGGUCGGUGAACCCUUUGGAGGAAAGACCUGCGCUUAUCGUGUGCUAGCAGCAGCCCUGCAUGACGUCUGUGAAAAGGAGUUGAUGGAAGAAAACAAGGUACAGAUCACUGUGAUAAACCCCAAGUCCAUCACCAUGGGAGAGCUGUACGGGCAGUUUGACCCUGUUUCUCAUGAGUGGUCAGAUGGCAUUCUGGCUGUCAGUUACAGAAACUUUGCUUCCUCACCGAGCCCCGACAGGAAGUGGCUCAUUUUCGACGGCCCAGUCGACGCCGUGUGGAUCGAGAACAUGAACACAGUGCUUGACGACAAUAAGAAGUUGUGUCUAAUGAGUGGCGAGAUCAUUCAGAUGUCACCACAAAUGAGCCUGAUCUUUGAACCCAUGGACCUUGAGGUGGCGUCUCCUGCCACGGUGUCUCGGUGUGGAAUGAUCUACAUGGAGCCACAUAUGCUGGGCUGGCGGCCUUUAAUGCUGUCCUGGUUGAACACUCUGCCUCCCAGCCUCAAAGACACUCACAAGGAGCUCAUCACUGGCCUUUUCGAUCGGGUGGUUCCUGCAUGCCUGCAGCUGAUUCGCAAGGCGACCAAGGAGUUAUCGCCGACCUCUGACGCCAACCUUGUCAAGUCCCUAAUGAAUCUAAUGGACUGUAUGAUGGAUGAGUUUCAUGACCAAGCAAAAAUGAAGGAAUUGAACGAGAAGGAGACUUGUUCCUGGUUGGAGGGCAUAUUCAUCUUCAGCCUCGUCUGGUCAGUGGGUGCCAGCUGUGACGACAACGGACGCCUCAAGUUUGAUGCUUUGUUAAAAGAACUGAUGAGAGGCGCCUUAAGUGAAGAAACACGGAAUGCGCAUGGACUUCUUCUUACAGUCGAUGCUCCAGAGAAACCAUUGACUGUGCCCCUUCCAAUACAAGACACAAUGUACCAGUAUUUCUUCAUUAAAGAGGGAGAGGGCAGAUGGGAGUUGUGGACCGCAGAACUGAAAAACGCGCCCCCAAUAGACAAAGACCUGGGGUUCACCGAAAUCAUCGUCCCCACUGAAAACACAGUACGCUACAUGGCUCUCAUGGAUCUCCUCAUCACCCAUGAAAAGCCAACAAUUUUCAUUGGGCCAACUGGUACAGGAAAGAGUGUCUAUGUCACAGACUUUUUGUUGAAUCAACUGGAAAAGGAGGUGUACAGCCCGUUAUUCAUCAACUUUUCAGCACAAACCACAGCAUCUCAGACCCAGGGCAUCAUAAUGGCCAAACUGGACAAGCGUCGCAAAGGAGUCUUUGGUCCACCACCGGGAAAGAAAAUGAUUGUAUUUGUGGAUGAUGUGAACAUGCCAGCACGAGAGGUGUACGGUGCCCAGCCCCCUGUGGAGCUGCUGCGACAGUGGCUGGACCACUGGAACUGGUACGACUUGAAGGACUGCUCCAUCAUCAACUUGGUGGAUAUUCAGGUCAUAUGUGCCAUGGGACCGCCAGGUGGAGGGCGUAAUCCUGUGACACCUCGAUACCUGCGCCACUUCAACAUGAUCACCAUUAAUGAUUUCGAUGAGAAGACCAUGUAUACUAUAUUUUCCAGAAUCAUGGACUGGCACUUCAGCAUACGGUUCUCCUUCCCAAAAACAUUUGGCUCUUUAACCGCUGACAUUGUGAACGGUACCAUGUCGGUGUACAAAGAGGCCACCAAGAACCUGCUACCAACACCUGCAAAGUCACACUAUUUGUUCAAUCUGCGUGACAUCUCAAGAGUCAUUCAAGGAAUCUGCCUGUCACGACCCGAUACGGCUGAAGACAUGGCAAGCAUCAAGCGUCUUUGGCUGCAUGAGGUGUUGCGAGUGUAUUCUGAUCGACUUGUGUACGAUUCGGACCAAGUCUGGCUUGUUGGCCACUUGCAGGAGGUUGUUAAGCGACAUAUGAAGGAAGACUUCCACCAGCUCUUCAAACAUCUUGACCAGGACGACGAUGGAAUAGUCACUGAGGACGACCUCCGCAGCCUCAUGUUUUGCGACUUCCAUGACCCCAAAGGAGAAGACCGCAAUUACCGCGAGGUGAACGACCUGGACCAGCUCCGACAGGUCGUGGAAGCGCACCUGGACGAGUACAACAACAUCAGCAAAGCGCCAAUGAAUCUGGUGCUUUUCCGCUUCGCUAUUGAGCAUGUGUGCCGCAUCUCCCGAGUCCUCAAACAACCUGGUGGGCAUGCCUUGUUGGUUGGGGUCGGUGGGAGUGGACGUCAGUCUCUCACGCGUUUGGCGGCCUACAUGGCUGGAGCUGAGCUGUUCCAGGUGGAGAUAUCCAAAGCUUACGGCACUGCAGAAUGGCACACUGACAUAAAAACUAUCAUGAGAAAAUCCACCGUGGGGGAAGCACAUGGUGUUUUCCUUUUUACGGACACUCAAAUUAAAAGGGAGUCUUUCUUAGAAGACAUUGGAAACAUCCUCAACACAGGAGAGGUACCAAACAUUUUUGCAGUAGAUGAAAAGCAGGAAGUCUGUGAGCGAAUGCGUGUGUUGGAUCGCCAGCGAGACAGAGACAAGCAGACAGACGGCAGCCCUUUGUCUCUUUUCAACAUGUUCUUAGAGCGCUGCCGUGCACAGAUGCACGUGGUGUUGGCCAUGAGUCCCAUCGGAGAUGCGUUUAGGAACCGUUUAAGGCGUUUUCCUGCGCUUAUUAACUGCUGCACCAUCAACUGGUUCCAGACCUGGCCUGAGGAUGCCCUUCAGGCGGUGGCCUCCCGCUUCUUGCAGGAGGUCGAGAUGACGGAUGAUAUUCGAGAUGGCUGCAUUGAUCUGUGCAAAAGCUUUCACACAUCCACAAUUCAGCUCUCAGACCGUUUUUUGGGGGAGUUGCAGCGCCACAACUAUGUCACACCUACGUCCUACUUGGAACUCAUCUCCACCUACAAAGACUUGCUGAAAACAAAAAGGGCCGAGGUGAUGAAAUUGAAACGGCGAUAUGAAGUUGGACUUGAGAAGCUGGAAUCAGCGAGUAACCAAGUGUCGACCAUGCAAGUGGAGCUGGAGGCUCUCCAGCCUCAGUUGCUUGUGGCCAGUAAGGAGGUGGACCAGAUGAUGGUUGUGAUCGAGCAUGAGUCUGCAGAGGUGGCCGAAACAGAAAAAGUGGUCAAAGUGGACGAAGCCGUUGCCAACGAACAAGCCAUGGCAGCCAAGGCUAUAAAAGAUGAGUGUAAUGCUGACCUGGCUGAGGCGAUGCCUAUUUUAAAAUCAGCCUUGGAGGCCUUGGACACUCUCACCCAAAACGAUAUCACAAUGGUGAAGUCCAUGAAAAGCCCCCCAAAUGCCGUCAAGAUGGUGAUGGAAGCGAUUUGUAUUCUUAAAGGCAUCAAACCGGAUCGAAUUCCGGACCCAUCCAAACCUGGCAAGAAGGUUGAGGACUAUUGGGGACCUGCGAAGAAGCUUUUAGGAGACAUGAAGUUUCUGCAGAGUCUUCACGAUUAUGACAAAGAUAAUAUUCCUCUUAACUUGAUUGCCCAAAUUCGCGCCAAGUACACAUCCAAUCAGGACUUUGUACCAGAGAAGAUCCGGACUGCGUCCACUGCUGCUGAGGGCCUGUGCAAGUGGGUCCAUGCCAUGGAUAAGUACGAGAAUGUUGCCAAAGUGGUUGCUCCAAAGAAGGCAAAGCUUCAGGAGGCUGAAGGGGAACUGGCAGUGGCCAUGGAGAGUCUGCAGAAAAAGCAGGCUGCCCUCAAAGAAGUCCAGGACAAACUGGCUAAACUUCAGGCCACUUUAGAUGCCAACAAAGCAAAGAAAGCUGAAUUGGAGAGUCAGGUGGACUUGUGCAGCAAAAAGCUUAGCCGUGCAGAACAGCUGAUUGGAGGGCUUGGUGGAGAAAAGACUCGUUGGAAUGAAAGUGUCAAAAGUCUCGGGGAGCUCUAUGAAAACCUGACAGGGGACAUCUUGAUCUCAGCUGGCAUUGUGGCUUACCUCGGAGCGUUCACCUCCAGUUUCCGAGUGGACCAAACACAAGACUGGAUCAAUAUAUGUAAAGCCCGGGAGAUUCCUUGCUCCCCCAACAUGUCUCUUAUGAACUCUUUGGGCAAUCAAGUGAAGAUUAGUGGAUGGACCAUCGCCGGCCUGCCUUCAGACAGCUUCUCAAUCGACAAUGGCAUCAUUAUUUCCAAUGCCAGGCGCUGGCCUCUCAUGAUCGACCCUCAGGGCCAGGCCAACAAGUGGGUCAAAAACAUGGAGAAGGUUAAUAACCUGCAUAUCAUUAAACAGAAUGACGCUGAUUUUGUUCGCACCUUGGAGAACUGCAUUCAGUUUGGAACGCCAGUGCUGUUGGAGAAUGUUGGUGAAGACCUGGAUCCUAUCCUGGAGCCCCUUCUGCUGAGGCAAACCUUUAAAAUGGGUGGUGCUAUUUGUAUCCGUCUGGGAGACUCAACGAUUGAGUACUCUCACGAUUUCCGUUUUUACAUCACGACUAAGCUACGGAACCCGCACUAUCUGCCCGAAACUGCUGUCAAGGUAACCCUCCUGAACUUCAUGAUCACACCCGAGGGCAUUCAAGAUCAGCUGCUGGGUAUUGUUGUAGCCAGGGAAAGGCCUGACCUGGAGGAAGAAAAACAGGCACUUAUCUUACAAGGUGCAGACAACAAAAGGCAAUUGAAAGAAAUCGAGGACAAAAUCUUAGAGGUGCUUUCUUCCUCGGAGGGCAAUAUUCUUGAAGAUGAGUCAGCUGUCAAGAUUCUGUCCUGCUCCAAGGUUCUGGCCAACGACAUCUCGGAAAAACAGGCAGUGGCUGAAGUUACCGAGAAGGAGAUUGAUAUGACCCGAUUAGGCUACAGGCCGAUAGCCGUUCAUUCUGCUAUUCUGUUCUUCUCCAUUGCUGACUUGGCUAGCAUCGAGCCUAUGUACCAGUACUCCCUCACCUGGUUUAUUAACCUUUUUAUCGGCUCCAUCGACAACUCGGAGAAGAUUGAUGACUUGGAAAAGAGACUACAAAUCUUGAAAGAUCACUUCACAUACAACCUGUAUGUCAACGUCUGCCGCUCACUCUUUGAGAAGGACAAGCUGCUCUUCUCCUUCUGCCUCAGUGUUAAUCUACUGAUGCACGUGAAGAUGGUGAAUGAGAGCGAGUGGCGCUUCCUUUUGACGGGCGGUGUUGGACUGGAUAAUAACUACUCAAAUCCCUGCACUUGGCUCGCCAAGAAGUCCUGGGAUGAGAUAUGCCGUCUGGAUGAGAUGGAGAAUUUCAAAGGCAUGCGUCGCGACAUGGCCCGCCUGAGAAACGAGUGGAAGAAGGUCUACGAAAGCCCUACUCCACACCAAAGUGAGUUCCCUGAGGACUGGCAGGACAAGCUGACAUAUUUUCAGAAGAUGCUGGUCAUCCGAUGUCUUCGGCCGGACAAGAUUAUUCCCAUGGUGCAGGAGUUUGUUUCAGAGAGUUUGGGUCGUCUGUUUAUCGAAACCCCUCCCUUCAGCUUGAGCACAGCCUUCAGUGACAGCCACUGUUGUGCCCCUCUCAUCUUCAUCCUCUCCCCUGGCUCAGACCCCAUGGCUGCGUUGCUCAAGUUUGGAGAUGAAAUGGGCUUUACAGGCAAGAAGCUGAACUCUCUGUCGCUGGGACAAGGCCAGGGUCCUAUUGCCAUGCGGAUGAUUGAAACUGGCAUUAAAGACGGCACCUGGGUGGUUCUGCAGAAUUGCCACUUGGCUACAUCAUGGAUGGCAACAUUGGAGAAAGUUUGUGAGGAACUAAAUCCCGACAACACCCACCCAGACUUCCGACUGUGGCUCACUAGCUACCCGUCUCCCACCUUUCCCGUGGCUGUGCUCCAGAACGGCGUGAAAAUGACCAAUGAGGCACCGAAAGGUCUUCGCUCCAACAUCGCACGGUCCUUCUUAAUGGACCCCAUAUCUGACCCGCAGUUUUUUGAUAACAGCAGCAAACCGGCUGUGUUUAAGAAGCUGCUGUACGGCCUGUGUUUCUUCCACGCCCUUGUCCAAGAGAGGAGGAAGUUCGGACCUCUGGGAUGGAACAUUCCCUACGAGUUCAACGAAACCGACCUGCGUAUUUCUGUGCAACAGCUGCACAUGUUCCUGGAACAGUACGAGGAAGUUCCGUUUGACGCCCUCCGUUACAUGACUGGGGAGUGUAACUACGGAGGACGUGUGACCGAUGACUGGGACAGAAGGACACUGCGCACAAUCCUCGCCAACUUCUACACUGCUGCAAUUGUCAGGGACCCAGGCUAUAAAUUUGACCCAAGUGGCCUUUACUACGCACCUGAUGAAGGAGAUCACAAUAGCUACAUCGAGUACACCAAAGCACUGCCACUCAACCCCUCACCAGAGAUCUUUGGUAUGAACGCCAAUGCGGAUAUCACCAAGGAUCAAGCGGAGACACAGCUGCUGUUUGACAGCAUCCUGCUCACUCAGUCGCGCUCCUCAGGCGGAGACUCCAAAUCCUCUGACGACAUGGUGUUUGAUGUGGCGGGCGACGUCCUCAGCAAGUUGCCUCCAGACUUCGACUUGGAAGCGGUGAUGCUGGUUUUCCCCACGGACUACAACCAGAGCAUGAACACGGUGCUGGCACAAGAGAUGGGUCGCUUCAACAAUCUGCUGCGCACCAUCCGCGACUCCUGCAUCAACAUUCAGAAAGCCAUCAAGGGUCUGGUGGUGAUGUCAGCAGAGCUGGAGGAAGUGGUCCAAGGCAUCCUGAUGGGUCGUAUCCCAGGCAUGUGGAUGAAGAAGUCGUACCCCAGCCUCAAACCACUUGGCAGCUAUGUCAACGACUUCCUGGAACGUCUCAAGUUCUUCCAGGACUGGUACACCGGGGGCACGCCAGCUGUCUUCUGGGUGUCGGGGUUUUUCUUCACUCAGGCCUUCCUCACCGGCAGCCAACAGAACUACGCCAGGAAACACAAAAUCCCCAUCGACCUGCUCGGCUUUGACUUUGAGGUGCUGGAAGAUCAGCAGUACAAACGCCCCCCGGAAGAUGGUGUCUACAUCCGGGGCUUGUUUCUGGAUGGGGCCCGCUGGGAUCGGAAAACCAAACUACUUGCGGAGUCCUAUCCUAAAAUUCUGCACGACACCAUGCCUGUGAUGUGGUUGAAGCCCAUCAAGCGUCAGGACAUCAAGGAGCGUCUCAGCUACUUGUCUCCAGUCUACAAGACCAGCGAGCGCAGGGGAACGCUGUCCACCACGGGGCACUCCACCAACUACGUCAUCGCCAUGACGCUCAACUCUGACAUGGCUCCAGAGCACUGGAUCAGACGAGGGGUGGCGCUGUUGUGCCAACUCAGCUCAUAAACAAGAGCGUGCUUUUUUUUGCUGCUACCUCACGGUUGCUCCUUUUCUGUCCCCAGUGGGCCGGCUACUUCCUGUUUAUCCUAAAAAGGACUCCACAGGUGGGACUCUCGUCCCUUGAAAAUCAGCUGUCAUUGAAUCAAAACUUUAUUUAAACAGAUAAAUGUUUUAACUUUUUAAAAUAAAGUGCCAACUGGUCUCACUUUUGUUACUGCUACACAUGCUUGAAGAGAAUGUUUGUGACCUAAGGUGACGCGAUAUUUGGGGUGGUUAUGGGCUGGUGAGGCUUCAUGAAAGAGUGUCCUCAUUUGUCCACUAGAUUUAACAACUACUUCAAUGAGCCAUCACAUCCUUUUUUUUAGAGCGCCAUCUUCUGAAUGGCGAAUGAGGAGACUGUCUCAUGAAGCCUCACCAGCCCAUCACUAAAAAAGACCUUUUAAGAAACUGUUGAUAAUGGAACCAGGAACCUCGUAACCAAAAUUUUGGGACCAAAUGAGUGGCUUUGAUAAACCAAUUCAAUAAAACCUCACAUUUUUAACCGUCUGAACCACUGAAAAUGAGGACAUGGUUUCGUGAAGCCUCUCCAGCCCACCACGACCACUUAACACUCCAGCUUAUUAAGAACAAAACACUCUUUUACCCUA